AUGGACAAUAUAUCUCAUUUUACUGGAUUCACUCUCUCUCAGCUGGAAGAAUCAAUGUCAGUCAGACAAACAUGUCUUGCUCUCUCUCUUGCUGUGUAUCUUUUAAUAAUUAUACUGAAUCUGAUUUUGAUACUGACAAUCUUGCUGGAGAAAUCCCUCCAUGAGCCCAUGUAUAUUUUCGUGUGUAGUCUGUGUAUUAAUGGACUAUUUGGAACAACUGGUUUCUACCCUAAAUUCCUGUAUGAUUUAAUCUCUGAUACACAUGUGAUAUCUUUCGGUGGGUGCUCCUUGCAAUUCUUUGUGAUUUAUACCUCGGCAAUGUGUGAGUUUACAACGUUAUCAGUGAUGUCUUAUGACAGGUAUGUGGCAAUAUGCAGACCCUUAGACUAUCACUCUGUUAUGACAAACAAAACUGUAGGAAAAUUGCUCAUGUUUUCCUGGCUUUUACCUGCUCUCUCUUCAACUAUAGUACUUCUGUUGACAAACCAGCUGUCAUUAUGUGGAUCCCACAUUGACAAACUCUAUUGUGACAACUGGUCUAUAGUAAAGCUUUCUUGUGAGCCUACCAUCACUUAUAAUAUUUAUGGAGGUAUUGGAACCAUAGCAUAUGUGUCCCUUGUAAUUCUUAUUAUUUGGUCUUAUGGUAAGUUGAUUAUUGCGUGUGUCAAAUCUACAGAGAACAAAUCCAAGUUUAUGCAUACCUGUGUGCCUCAUUUGCUGUCUUUAAUUAAUUUCACAAUUGCUUUAUUAUUUGACGUAAUUUAUGGUCGAUAUGGAUCAAAGGAUUUCCCACAAAGUCUACGCAACUUCAUGUCCUUAGAAUUUCUAUUAAUCCCACCUGUUUUUAACCCCUUAAUUUAUGGAUUAAAACUGACUGUGGUUCGCAAAAGAGCCUUCAGAGCUGUGUCUUCAGUCAAAGGAAGAGACCUUUUCAGUAUCUCUGACAACAAACUAAAGCGAUGCUGCUACAUCAUUGAUGACCUGCUGGCAUGGGGAGACUCACCAAAACAGCAUGAUCACAGGUUAGUGAAGCUGCUGGAGAGGGUCAGAGAAAACAACCUAAAGUUAAACAGAAACAAAUGCAAAAUCAGAAUGACAGAAAUCAAAUACAUAGGCCACAUUCUCAGUGCUAAUGGAUUCAAACUGGACAAGGAGAAGCAACUGCCAGGCUGUCGGUCUGCCGCGCGCAUCCACAUCCACGACCCCACCGUGAGCUGUCCUGAGCAUAGUCCGCUGGUCAUGGAGAACCUCAGAAAGCCAGGGGUUGGAGGGUGUCGCAUGUGCUGGCCUGAAGGCGAGAGGGCAGAUGCUGAUGAGGCAGGAGUUUAG